CCCAGUUUCUUUUUUGAUGCGCUCCUGAUGCGCUUUGCCCAGCGGCCGGCCAUCGACUGACCGCCGCUCGCCGCUCGCCGCCCGGUCGUAAGUCGGUCGCUCGGAUGCCUGAGGUGGUCGCCACGUCUCCUGGUGGUCGCAGCCCCCCGCCGCUGGGACCCAUGCAGCCAACAGCCUUGUAGGGCGGCGGCAGGAGCCAUGGCUUCGGGCCACUCCACCCUGAGCCUGGAGGACGAGCUGAACUGCCCGCUCUGCCUGGAGCUGUACUCCGACCCGGUCAUCUUGGACUGCGGCCACGACUUCUGCCGCGAGUGCAUCGUCAAGAAAUGGGAAGACGAGGCGGAGGCGCAGUGUCCCGAGUGCGGGCAGACUUUUCCCGAGAAGACCUUCAAGGCCAACAGAGCCCUGGGCAAGCUGGUGAAGAAGAGCAGAAACAUCUCGCUCAAUCUGAAAGUCAAAGGCAACAGACCCUAUUGCCUGGACCACGAGGAGGAGCUGAAACUCUUCUGUGAGACGGACAAGAAGCUCAUCUGUGUGAUGUGUCUGGACCGGCGCGAUGGCAGAAGCCACAAGGCUCACAACUUCAUGCUGAUCAACGAGGCGGUGGAGAUCUACAAGGAAAAAAUGAAAGGCAAUCACACCUCUUUCAAGCAGAAGAAGAAUUACUUCCAGGAAUUUGAGGAGAAACAGGAGGAGAAGAUCUCGGAGAUCAAGGAGCAGUCUAAUAGACUACAGAACCACAUCACAAACGAGUUCACCAAGAUGCGUGACAUUCUCGAUGAGAAGCAGAAGGGCCUCUUCAAUGACUUGAUGUCACAGGAGAGUGACGUCCUCUUAAAGAUGGAGAUGAACCUUCGUAGGAUCCAGGACAAUCUGAGCCUCACUCAACAGAUGCUGCAGAACGUGGAGAAACGCCUGGAAUAUCAGGACGUCUAUAUGCUGUUGAAGGAGCCCCCUCCGGAUGAGAAGAGUAGCGAAGAAGAAUUUCACCCAACCAUAACAGAAGGCAACCUGCCUCUGGCUGCGUUUCAAGGACCUGUCCAAUAUACAGUUUGGAAACAAGUUAUAAAUGUCAUAAGCCCUGUGCCGGCCAGUCUCACCCUGAACCCCAGCACUGCCCACCCCCGGCUGCUGCUAUCGGACGACCUGACGGUGGUGUCGUACGGGGACGUGAAGCAAGACGUGCCGGAUAACUCUGAGCGCUUCGACACGUGCGUGUGCGUGCUGGGCUCGGAGGCGUAUGUCACCGGCCAACACUACUGGGAGGUACAGGUUGGGGGAAAGACUGAGUGGGACGUGGGGGUGGUCAAGGAAUCCAUCAGCCGCAAGGGCCACACGACAGCCACUCCUGACGCCGGCUACUGGAUCGUGUGGCUGAGGAACGGCAACGAGUACAAGGCUACCACGGUGCCACGGACCCGCCUCAACGUGGCCUCCAAGCCCAAGGCCAUCGGGGUCUUCCUGGACUAUGAGGGCGGGCAGGUGUCCUUCUACAAUGUGGACAACAUGAGCCACCUGUACAGUUUCACUGACUCCUUCUCUGAGAGGCUCUUCCCCUACUUUAGCCCCGGCAUCAACGACGAUGGCGAGAACUCCGAGCCACUCAAAGUGCUGCCCGUUGGGUGUCAAGAGAACUGAGAACGAGCCUUGGACUGGGACUCUCUCUCCCACCCCAUUCCCCAUCCCCUCC